AUGCUUUCUUCUAAAUUUUUUUCAUUGUAUUCAAAAACAAAGUUAUUAAAAUCAACAACAUCAAAUUUUAUAUUAUUUAAUAAAUUAAAGUACAGUAGUAACAAUCAAGAUUUCGAGAAAAGAUUUUUUAAAAUGUCAGAUAACAAAACAACAACAACAACAACGACAGCUACAUCAACAUCAACACCAACACCAUCAACAUUAAAUGAUAAAUCGACUAUAAAAACAACUCCAAUAACAGAUAAUAAUAAUAAUAAUGAAAAUUUUAAAUAUACAAAUAAAUUAAUAAAUGAAAAAUCACCAUAUUUAUUAAAACACGCUCAUAAUCCAGUUGAUUGGUUGCCAUGGGGAGAAGAGGCUUUUAAAAUUGCAAGAGAUAAUGAUAAAUUAAUAUUUCUUAGUGUUGGUUAUAUGGCAUGUCAUUGGUGUAAUGUUAUGGAACGUGAAUGUUUUGAAAAUGUUGAAAUUGCUAAAGUAAUGAAUGAAUAUUGUGUAAAUAUUAAAAUUGACCGUGAAGAAAGACCAGAUAUUGAUAAGAUUUAUAUGACCUAUUUAACCGAGAUUAGUGGAUCAGGUGGUUGGCCGAUGAGCAUUUGGUUAACACCUCAAUUACAUCCAAUCACAGGUGGUACAUAUUUCGCACCAGAAGCAAAGUAUGGUAGACCAGGGUUCCCUGACCUUAUAAAGAAAUUGGAUAAACUUUGGAGAAAAGAUAGAGAAAUGGUUCAAGAGAGAGCAGAUUCAUUCAUUAAAUUCUUGAAGGAAGAAAAACCAAUGGGUAAUAUUAAUAAUGCAUUGUCAAGUCAAACCAUAGAGAAAUGUUUUCAACAAAUUAUGAAAGGUUAUGAUCCAAUCGAUGGUGGUUAUUCUGAUGCACCAAAAUUUCCAAGAUGUUCGAUUUUCAAUCUCCUAUUAAUGACUUUAAAAGAGGAUUAUUCAAAACAAGUUGGAUCAUUAGAUAAGCUAGUAUUCACAUUGGAGAAAAUGGCAAAUGGUGGAAUGUAUGAUCAAGUUGGUGGUGGUUUUCAUAGAUAUUCAGUUACCUCUGACUGGAUGAUACCACAUUUUGAAAAGAUGUUAUAUGAUAAUGCACAAUUGGCAUCAGUUUAUUUAGAUGCUUAUCAAAUCACUAAAUCACCAUUAUUUGAAAGAGUAGCUAAAGAAAUCUUACACUAUGUUUCAACUAAAUUAACUCAUACUCUUGGUGGUUUCUUUUCAGCUGAGGAUGCAGAUAGUUUAAAUUUAGAAAUAAAUGAAAAACAAGAAGGUGCAUUCUACGUUUGGUCAUAUCAAGAUAUUAAAAAAGCAAUUCAAGAUAAAGAUGAUAUUGAAAUUUAUUCAUUUCACCAUGGUUUAAUUGAAAAUGGUAAUGUAGAUCCAAAAGAUGAUCCACAUAAUGAAUUUAAAGAUAAGAAUGUAAUAACAAUUGUAAAGAGUUUAAAAGAAACUGCAGCAUACUUUAAAAAGACUCAAGAGGAAAUUGAAAAAUCAUUAAAUCAAUCAAAAGAGAAAUUAUUCAAAUUUAGAGAACAAUUUAAACCAAAACCACAAUUGGAUGAUAAAAUCAUUGUAUCAUGGAAUGGUUUAAUGGUAUCAUCAUUUUGUAAAGCUUAUCAAUUAUUUAAAGAUGAAAAAUAUUUAAAUAGUGCAAUUAAAUCAAUUGAAUUCAUAAAAACCCAUCUAUACGAUAGUGUUGGUGAUGAUAAUGAUUACGAUGAUGAAGACGAUAAACUUAAUAAUUGUAGAUUAAUUAGAAAUUAUAAAGAUGGUCCAUCGAAAAUUCACGCAUUCACAGAUGAUUAUUCAUUUUUAAUUCAAGCAUUAUUGGAUUUAUAUCAAGUUACAUUUGAUUAUAAACAUUUGGAAUGGGCAAUGAAAUUACAAAAACAACAAGAUAAUUUAUUCUAUGAUUUAGAGAAUGGUGGUUAUUACUCAACAUCUGGUUUAGAUAAAUCAAUUCUAUCUAGAAUGAAAGAAGAACAUGAUGGUGCUGAACCAUCACCUCAAUCAAUUAGUGUUUCAAAUUUAUUAAAACUUUACUCAAUAACCUAUAAUGAAGCCUAUAAAGAGAAAGCAAAGAAAACCUUGGAGAAUUGUUCAUUAUAUUUAGAAAAGGCACCACUUGUUUUCCCACAAAUGGUUUGUUCAUUAUAUUUAUACUUAAAUUCAAUCAAUACAAUCAUUCUAUCAACUAAUAGUAAUGAUAAUCAACAAAAACAACAAUUACUAUCAAUUCUUGAUGAAAUUCAUUCAAAUUAUAUACCAAAUAAAUUAAUUCUAUUAAAUGAUCAUUCAAAUAAUUCAAUUACACAAUUCUUUGAAAAGAGUACUUCAAAUUUAAAUUUAUCACUUUCAACACCAGUUUAUGAUAAAACUACAUUUUCAUUAUGUAAUCCAAAUGGUUGCACAAUUUCAACAAAUCAAUUACAACAAAUUAAAUCAAAUUUAAUAAAUCAAAUUUAUCCAAAAUAUUAA